AUGGUGACCGCGACUAGACGAGGCUUAAUCCGUCCAAGUCAAGACCGAUCCGAGACACAUCGACGGAUCCGCCUCUACGCCGGUCCAAAUCGACGAACCAACCCCCAAACGACGAUUCAAGAUCCACCACCGCCGAUUAUCACGAUGAUCGACGAAGCCGUCAAUGGAGGAGCUGUACCAUCCAUGGAGAUGGUUCUCUUUGAAGGAGUAGUCGAGGCCGAGUCUUUCGCUACGGCGGAAGAUGAACCGAUGGCGGAUGAAGAAGCCACGGCGGAGAAACCCGAGGAGCCGGAGAUUCCUCGAGAAUGCACAGACGACGGCGCCGAUCCCAAACUGCCGAAACCCUAG